CGAACAAUAUCCAGGGUCUUGGGGUCAUGAAGUAAGGUGUCAAAUGUACGUGACUUUCUGACGUUUCGGGAACUUUCGGGAGGUGCUUUCCACCGGCAUAGUCAUUGUAGCCUGGUAUCUAGCCUUGUUAGCUUUGGUCCGCUCCCCAAAGCUAACAAGUCUUGACACCAGGCUAUAGUCAUUGGUGAUUGCGUCAGAUGUGUUAUUGACAGUAACCAUGGUGGUGAAUGAAGGCAGAAGGGGAAUUCCACUGUCUGGAAAGCACCUGUUUUCGAGCACCUGUUUUUCCCACAGCCCAGUCCCCUCAAGAGCACAGUUCUGAGGAACCGCACUUGGCCAUUCAACAAGCAGACUAGUCUGAGACAAUGGCAACCAUGCGUAUGAGUAUGUUUGUGGUGAUCAUGUCGACCGUGUGGCAUCUCGUGUGUGCUGAAAAUAACACACCCCUCAUACAAAACGGCAACACGACUGUCGAGCUCUCCGUAACAUCACAUCCCAAGUUGAUACGUUGGAACAGCUCCAUGGAAUACGCCUCAUACACAUGUCAGGCGACCGUGGUUGGUUCAAACAGUGCAUCACAGUUCUUGGCUGUGGACUGGUCACCCCCUGUCCAUCUGCAGAGGUCUGACUAUGGCGACCGCUGGGAAGAGACCAAUUCCAGCUACUGGCAGGGGCAACGGUUUACCAAGAACGUCACAUUGAAACUGAGGGAUGUAGUACUAGAGGAUGCCGGCACAUACAACUGUUCUGUCACUUACCAACCAACAGUUGCCUCCUCGUAUCAAGCGUGGACAACGACUUGGCUGGAAGUUGUAGAGAUCCAGCCUGGGGAAGGAAUACCCCCAUAUCUCGCAGCCGCUUUAAGUAAGUAG